UCUUCCCGUUCCCUAAUUGCUGUGCUCAUCAACUUUUCGUCUCAGUAUCCCGCGAAAGUGAUCAUCAAAUCGUUCACGACGUCAUCUGACGAGGCGAAUGUGGCGGUGCGAGCGCUGCAAUUUGCUGCCGAUGAGAUUAAUGCUGGAAAUGAGGUCCCAUUUAGGCUCUCCUACGACCACUACGACGUGGAUCCGGGGUCUUCUGAGGGAUGGAACGUGGUGAAUACAGUGUGCCGAGAGUUGAAGGAAGGUGGAAUGACACUGAUCAGCAUCGACAGUGGACGUGGAAACGAAGCGAUGCGAGGCCUUGCCGACACCCUUGAAAUGCCGCUGAUCUCGCUUACUGCACCGCUCUAUCCACAGGAUCCUCCCAAUUUGUAA